AUGCCAAAUUCGAUCGAUAAAACUAUUAAACGUAAUCAUAUUCCACCGAUUAAAAAUAAUUUAUCAGAACAAAUAAAAAUUUUUCAAGAUUCUAUAAAAACCAAUCAAACAAAUAUGAAUAAACCGAAUAUAUUGUCAACAUCCGAAGAUCAUAAAUCUCUUCCUCAAAAAAUAUCAACAACAACUAAUGAUACAUCUCAUUCAACAGUUACAACAACAACAACAACAACAACUACUACUACAACAAAGACCAUUAAUCCGACUGAUAGUCAUAAUUUAGUUGGAUGUAUGUGUCCAUUUUGCAAUGAAAUCUAUCAAAUGACUUGCCAUCGACCAAUUAGUGAAAUGUCAUGUGGUCAUAUUAUUUGUUAUCAAUGUUUUGUUCUUAAUACAAAUCAAUUCGGUUGUGUACAAUGUAAAAAAUCUUCAGAAAAAAAUAAUGCUAACAUUAAAUUAUCAUCUGUUACAACUGUGCCAUCGGAUAAUAAGAAUACAUUUCAGCAAGUAGUUAAUGAAAAAUUUGAAAAUCAUUCAUCGAAUUAUGAACAUCAAAUUCUCAAUAUUUUUCAUGAAGUUUUUGGACUAUCAGAAUUUCGACAUAAUCAAUGGGAAGCAAUUAAUGCUGCUCUUCAACAUCAUGAUUGUUUUAUACUUAUGCCAACAGGUGGUGGUAAAUCUUUAUGUUAUCAAUUACCAGCUGUUAUUGAUACUGGUGUUACAUUUGUUAUUGCACCAUUACGUUCACUUAUAUUUGACCAAAAACAACGAUUAACUUCAUUAAAUAUAUCAUGUACAGCUUUAACAGGAAAUAUAUCACAAGAAGAAACUGAUGAAAUCUAUCGUGAAUUAUAUAAAGAUUUACCUGUAUAUAAAAUUGUUUUUAUUACACCGGAAAAAAUUUCUAUGAGUGAUCAAUUGAAUACUGUUCUUCGAGAUUUAUAUAAUCGUCAACUUUUAGCACGAUUUGUUAUUGAUGAAUGUCAUUGUGUUUCAGAAUGGGGUCAUGAUUUUCGUCGUGAUUAUUCACAACUUGGUCAAUUACGACUUAAUUAUCCAAAAAUAAAUAUAACAUUAUUAACAGCAACAGCAACAUUACGUGUACAACAAGAUAUUCUUCAACAACUUAAUAUAACUGAAAAUUACAAAUUAUUUACUCAAUCAUUUAAUCGAUCAAAUCUUAUAUAUGAAUGUAUAUCAAAAGAAAAUAAUGAUCUAGCACUUAGUCAAAUAGCAAAUUUAAUUAAAAUAAAUUAUCAAAAUCAAUGUGGUAUUAUUUAUUGUUUUUCACGUGCUGAAUGUGAUCGAGCAGCUCAAUAUUUAUUAGCUCAUAAUAUUCAUGCACUUUCUUAUCAUGCUGGUUUAAAUGAUUCAUUACGACAAACAAUACAUAUGAGAUGGAUUAAUGAUGAAUGUCAAGUUAUUUGUGCAACCGUAGCAUUUGGUAUGGGUAUUGAUAAAAAUAAUGUUCGUUUUGUUAUUCAUUUUUCUAUGCCACAAUCAAUUGAGGGUUAUUAUCAAGAAUCAGGUCGAGCUGGACGUGAUGGUGAAAUUGCUAAUUGUCAUCUUUUUUAUUGUUAUGAAGAUUUUCUUAAAAUGAAACGACUUAUAUUAUGUAUGAAAUAA